AUGUCGAAUCUGAUUCGAACAGAUCUUCCAAAAAAGAGGAAAAGAGGAGAAAGUAGGGUUUUUAGGCUGAAGACUUUUGGAGAGACAGGACAUCCAGCUGAGAUGAACGAGUUAUCUUUUCGAGACAACCUCGGGAAGCUACUUGAGUUUGGUCACUUUGAGAGCUCCGGGCUCAUGGGAAGUUGGUCAUUUCAGCUCGAGGUUCAUCGUCAACCAAAUCCUCUCUAUGUUCUUCUCUUUGUCGUCGAAGAGCCCAUAGAAGCUUCUCUUAACCUUCGUUGCAACCAUUGCCAAUAUGUUGGUGACGUCCUCUCUCUCUUUCUCUAUCUUCCUCUCUCACUCUAUCUAUGUUGGGGAAACCAAAUGAUAUGCAACAAGAAGUACCAUUUCGUGAUCCCUUCAAAGGAAACAAUGGCCGCCUUUCUAAAACUAGAAGGCGGAGGCUACGCUUUACCCGAGAAGGAAAGUCUCUCCCAUCUCGUGGAGCUUCAAGGCCACAUCCUUCACGGCUUCUUUCACUCCAACGGUUUUGGUCACUUGCUCUCUCUCAAUGGCAUCGAGUCCGGUUCCGACUUAACCGGUCAUCAAGUCAUGGAGUUGUGGGACCGGAUCUGCACCGGUUUAAAGGCCAGGAAAAUAGGGUUGAAGGAUGCAUCGCACAAGAAAGGAAUGGAGCUAAGGCUGCUGCAUGGGGUAGCGAAAGGAGAGCCAUGGUUCGGUCGGUGGGGUUACCGGUUCGGGUCAGGGACAUAUGGAGUGACUCAAAAGAUUUACGAGAAGGCACUAGAAUCGGUCCGUAACGUACCUUUAUGCUUGCUUAACCAUCACUUAACCAGCCUUAACCGUGAAACUCCAAUCCUCUUGUCAAAGUACCAAACGUUAUCCAGCGAGCCACUGAUAACUCUCAGUGACCUCUUCAUGUUCAUGCUUCAUCUCCACUCGCGUCUUCCAAGAGAUAACUACAUAAAUAGCUCAAGAAACCAAAUCAUCUCCAUCGACAGUACCAACUGUAGAUGGUCUCAAAAGAGGAUUCAAAUGGCUAUCAAAGUGGUUAUAGAAUCACUGAAAAGAGUCGAGUACCGAUGGAUAUCGAGACAAGAAGUGAGGGAUGCAGCAAGAAACUACAUCGGGGACACCGGUUUGCUUGAUUUCGUGUUGAAGUCGCUCGGGAACCAAGUGGUCGGGAACUAUUUGGUUCGACGUAGUCUAAAUCCGGUGAAGAAAGUGCUAGAGUAUUGCUUGGAGGACAUAUCAAAUUUGUUACCAAGUAGUAACCAAGAACUCAUAACCCUUCAAAAUCAAAAUCCAAUGGGGAAGACGACCAACGGACACAACAAGAUCACAAGAGGUCAAGUGAUGAAAGACAUGGUCUAUUUUUACAGACACAUUCUAAUGGACUACAAGGGAGUGUUAGGCCCCAUAGGCAUAUUAAACCAAAUCGGAAUGGCUUCAAGGGCAAUCCUCGACGCUAAAUACUUUAUCAAAGAGUAUAACUACAUUAGAGACACGUCAGCCAAAACAUUUCAGUUAGAUCGAGGGGAGAAGCUAGGAAUAUUCUGCACGAUCUUGCGGAAAUGUCAUCACCAUCAUCAUCAAAACAACGAGAUAUUAAAGACGCCUCCACAAGAGUGCAUAGUGGUGAACAAAGAUGCAACGAUGAGUGAAGUGUAUCGAGAGGCAGAGAGAGUAUUUAGAGAGAUCUAUUUGGAACUUAGAGACGUGGUGGUGGAGUCAGUGGCGGAUAUUGGUCAAAAGAAGAUCACAAGGGUUGAUGAGUUAAUGACGUUGAAUGGGAAUAGAGGAUUAGUAUUAGAAGGGAAUGUAGGAAUGGUGAUGAUGAAGUGUUAUGAUGAUGAUGAUGAUAAGAAGAAGAAGGAUAGGAGAAUUGAGUGCGAGUGUGGAGCAAAAGAAGAAGAUGGAGAGAGGAUGGUGUGUUGUGAUAUAUGUGAAGUAUGGCAACACACGUGGUGUGUUGGUGUUCAACACAAUGAGGAAGUUCCUCGCAUUUUUCUUUGUCAAAGUUGUGACCAACAUCUCAUUCCUCUCUCAUUUUUACCUUAA